AUGUUGCCAGAAUUCUCGGGUUUACCGACCCAAGACUUAAAUCUUUUCGAAAAGAAAUGUGAGUUCGUGUUUAAGCACAUUGACGAAACAAUUGUGAAUGACGUGUUAGAAGCGUUGUUGUGUAAUUUAUCAGGAAAAGCUUUAUGCAUAACGCAGCAUAAAGUUAUAACAAAUUAUAAAGAUCUGAUUACUAUAUUAAGGGCGAAUUUUGGAAACAACUUCUCGGGGACAUAUUUGUCAAAGCAAUUAAAUUCCAUUACUCAGAAUAAAUACGAAAAAAUCCAGGACUAUGCUGCAAGGGUAGAACUAGCAUUAUACAGAUUAUUAAGUGAAAUGACUAAAGAUAAGACAGAUGCAGAAAGCAUAACUAUUACUAAAGUAUGGACUUCACAGGCGCAAAAUAUUUUUAUAGACGGGUUAGAUUUCCAAAUUAGAACUGUAUUAAGGGCGAUGAAAUUAGAUAGUCUGGAGGAAAUGAUUAAAGCAGCAUUGGAAGAAGAACAGGCGUUAGGAAAUUUAAAACCGAAAUUUGAAAAAACUAACAUGACUACUUUUUCAAAACCUAAGUGUUUCAAUUGUGAGGGGUAUGGGCAUUUAAGUAAAGAUUGUAGGAAACCUAGGAAAUCUACGAGUAAUGCUUUAGGAAAUACUAGUACUUUUAUUAAAAAGGAGUAUAGCACCUCAAGCAGUACAAUGUUGUGUAAUUAUUGUAAGAAACCAGGUCAUAUUGUUAAAGAUUGUAGGAAAUUGAAAUACAAUAAUGAAAAAAAAUCUAAAUCUGGCGAAGGUUCAUCGACAUCGACCGAUAUUAAAACAAUAGGCGAUUUGAAAAACAACCAAGUUUUAAUGUGCAAGAACAGAGGGAAACAGAUUAUAGAAUUAGUUAAAAACCAGGUUAAAGUUCACUCACAAUCAUUUAAAUCAAACGAAAAUACAUUUUUAAUUGAUACAGGUGCGGAUUUAAAUUUAAUCAAAAUCUCAGCCGUGAAUAAUAACGUACCUAUAGAAUUGAAAACAAGUAAAUUAAAAGGUAUUCACGAAACUCCUAUCAUUACUUUGGGCAUAAUUAAAAUUAAUCUUCGGAUUAAUGAUAAUUCUUAUUUUGACACUAUAUUCCAUGUAGUGGAUGAUAAAUUUCCAAUAGUUGUAUCAGGAAUUUUGGGAACACCAUUUUUUAUUAACAAUGAUGUGACAUUGAAUUUAAAGAAAGGCGAAAUGAUUAUUAACGUCGAGCAAAAUAAAGAAAACGUUAUCUGUAUUCCUCCGAGAUCAAAUAAUGUUGUACCCAUUAAAUUUUAUGAUGAUAAAUUAAAUAAUAAUGAUAUAAUAAUUGAUAGGAAAAAUAUAUCAGACACUUUAUGGUUAGGUACUACAUUAAGCACGUGCACCGAUAGGACGAUAUACGCGAAUGUUAUCAAUAUCUCGGAAAAUAGCGUAAACUUACAGGUGGCACAAUUAGCUAAUAUGAAUUGGGAGUUAUAUACAAACUCGUCGGAAAUGAAAAAACAAGAAAGUGCAUACUAA